CUCUAUGGAUGUACUGAGGUUAGCAGAAUAGCCUUUACAGGACUAUGGGGAAUGCAGCAUGUUUUUGUUGUGCUGAGGAAAAGGAGAAAGUGAGGAGCAAACUUAUUUUUCCUGGAGUGUGUUAAUGGAAACAUCUGAGGCUUGAAAUAUAUUUAUCAUAUCUAUGAAACUGAAGAGUGAAGAAAUGAAAGCCAGGCAACCAUGGAAAGCAUCAGUAAUUGGCAGCUUCAGAAGAUACAAGAGCCGUUCAAGAGGAAUUAGGUGACCUGAGUUUUAACAGGGCAAGAAGGAUAUGAGCAGCACACUCUGAGUGUCCCUCUACUUCCAGAGGCAAGUGAAUGAGUGAAGAGUGAAAUCACACUUUGGAGAGCAGCACAGACCAUCUUGCCAUGAAACCAUUCACAGAUGAAGAUGUAGAAAUCUACAUCCAGAGCAAGGUGGAACAGCGACAUGAUCUGGUUUCCAAAGCAGUGGAGGAGGUGCAGAAAAUAAUCCAGCAACUGACUGCAGAAAUCAGCUAUAAGGCCACGCGAUUCCAGGCUAUCUCCAACUCUGGCAUUCACAAUGAGAACAUUAAGGUCUUAGCGCCCAGCCAAUUCAUCAUCACAGUCCCUCUGCGUGGCCUGAGUGGGUACAGGGAAUGCCAGGUGCGGCACUGGCGUUAUUACACUGUGCACGGAGCCAAGCUCCUCUCCUCUGUGCGGGACCCUGAAGAGCUACAUCAAUGGCUAGAAGUGAAGCAGUUCUCAAAAAGCCUUCAGCAGUGGCAUGAGAAGGAUGUGAACAUCGAAGGUGAUCUGGUUCCAGCCAAAGUACUUAUCAUCUUCCGUGAGCUGGUGGAGAAGUCGAUCAUCUCCUGUAAUCUCUCUAGUAAAGUAACGGUGCUGGAGAGCUUCAGCUCAGUUGUCCGGGUGGCUGUGGAGACGUCAGAAUCCCAGGUUGAGGUGGAGCUGGUCCCUGCUGUGGAGAUUCCAACUUGCUGGCCUGCGAAAGCCCGGUGGCCUCGUUGCCUUAAACGUUGGCCUUCCCAGGAAAAAGUGCAGUGCGUCAAGUCGCUUGGUUUCGACCUCUUGGCCCGCUCCAAUUACCACUGGCAGCUGAGUUUCUCCCGUGCUGAGCAUUUACUCAUGGAAGGACUUGAUGAAGAUGGUGGUUGUCGCAUGAGGUGCUUCAGGGUCAUGAGGCAGAUGAAGGAAGAUGUCUGGUGUGCUGGAAAUAAGCCUGUUAUCACGGCUUAUCACCUUCAGACAGUGCUAUUCUGGACGUGUGAAAAAUACCCACGCACCAAGGAUUGGCGCUGCUUCCCCAAAGCCUUUCUGAGGCUGGUGCAGAAGCUGCACAAGUGUGUAAGCCAGCGCUUCCUCAAGCAUUACUUUGUCAAGAACACCAAUCUGCUCAAAUAUGCCAACACCAGUGACCUGGACCUGGUGGCCAGCAAGCUCUCAGUCUUCUUGGAGAACCCUGUCUUCUGCCUGGAGUAAGGCAGGAAAAGACCUCCUCACCCCAACCCUGAGCUGAUCCCUCACCUCUUCUCCCCACUUGUGGUUGUUCAUCGUGUCCUUCCAGUAGAUGUUGCAGCUGGCUUUGUAAGACACUUGGCACAUGCAGCGUGAAAGAGAAGUGUCAAGCUGGCAGCAGUGGGCGGUGAAAACUGAUGGGAGGUAUCGCUUGAUGCCCAGCUGAUCUAAUUUGCUUUCAACAGUGACAGCCUGCCUGGAAGCUACAGCCAGCGAAACCCAACUUUCUGUGUCAGAGCAGACAACUGCCUUGUUCUCUGUCUCUAGCCUUGUGGCACCUGAGCAGAAAGACAGAGCAAAGAACUCUUGCUCUGCUGCCAACCACUUGUGUAGCCUAGCAUGUGUAUUGUUGCUGCCUCCCCCUUUCUCAAAAGGACAGCAGGUUUAGUUCCCUGCUUACCUCACAGCCCAGCUCUGCAGAAGAGCAGAGGAACAUUUCUGAAGUGUACUGAAGCUGGAAGCUUUCUCAGAGGCACUUUGCCUCCAUCUCCAAUUAAAUGGGAUCUGCUUCAGUAUGAAGAUAACAGUGCUGCUAGAGUUGAGUAGGCUCAAGGGAAGCAAAAGGAGGCACAGGGGUUUUUUGCCACCUCGUCAUUUUUCUCUCCUCCACUUCCAUUUUUCUUCCAUUUGCUUCAAAUAUGUUGUCUUCAUGUUUGCCUUUGCCACUUACAUUAGUACCGUACAACCAGGGGGCUUUGCCAGACCAGAUUUUACUCCUACCCCUGGCUUCAUCCAGCAGGCUGGAGGAGGAGCUGGUCUUUCCCUAGUUGUUAGCACCCACAUAUUUUUGGGUGAUGUACAGAAGGAGAAUAUUUUUCAAAGGCUGUUAGCUCCAGGACCCCCAGUGCUUUUAAUAGUAUGGAUGUUUAAAAAUAAAAUCAGUUUUAGUGUUUCAAAAAACAGAGUUCUAGAAUUAGUAUAAAGAAUGUUGGUUUUAAUGUUAUUAAAUCACUGAAACUAAA